GGGAAUGCAAAGACGUAUAUGUGGGCCACAGUAACCCUGUCAGAGUUUCUGAAGAAGUGGGGCCGUAUUCAGAAUUGAUGAGUGGACAAGUCAGCAAUAACACUAGCUGCUGGGCCGUGCCGACGCUGUGCUGCAGCCUCCUCAAGACCACGUUGCCAUCUUCUAUUGACCAGUUCUUCACGCGUUUCGGCUUUAAGACAAUACUCGGGAAUCCCACACCAACUUAUCACGAUGGCUUUGUAGUUCCCAGAAGCGUCUACGUUCGCACCCCGUGUAUUUUCAUCAUCACCGCAGCCCUGUUCAAUGAGAACGCAGACGCAAACUUUACGUUCGACCUUCAGAAAAUUGAUCAAAAUUACAUGAAUUUCGACGUUACAUGUGAAUAUGACGAGUUUGAGUGCGACGAUGGGCCAUUAAUCACAUGCUAUGAUUCUACCAUCGUAUGUGAUGGGCAUCUGGACUGUACAUCACCGUCUGAUGAACAUGAUUGUAAUUACUGCGACGACGAUUACCCGAUCAUUCUUUCGGCGAGCAACUCGUCUCACGACAUCAAGUAUCCAGGCGGUCUGCUGAGAGGAGAUCCAACCAGCCUACAAUUCACAAGUGCCAACUGUUCCUGGACAGUGCAAGCCAGUAGCGACCAAGUUAUCCGGAUUCACUUCCUGGUUCCAACGACACACGUGUUCAUUGAUGAGUUUCAGUUGAAUUUCAUUGUGGGUUCGCAGACAGCUGCGAACUUUAGAGAAAUACAGCAACCUAGCACGGUGAUUCGCAGCUCGGAGGUCCGAAUCACAUUUUCGAAGUCCAACUUCCAAAGCAACUCUCUCUUUCUUCUCCGGCUUGAGCCCGAAGUUGAAGUGUCGUGUGAGGAUGGGACGGAAUUCAGCUGUGAACCCGAUAAUGUCUGUAUUCCGAUCAGCAAGAGAUGCGAUGGAUUCCCAGAUUGUGAAAGCAAAGCAGAUGAAAUAGGAUGUGUGGGAUGUUCUACAAACGAGUUUCGAUGUUCGGCGGCUGGAGAGUUAUCGUCAUGCGAGAGCCAAAGCUAUCUUUGUGACGGCAGGCCGAAUUGCCCAAAUCUGUAUGACGAGCUCAACUGUGCUAUAUGUGGUCCACCUGUCGAUCUAUCUGGCGGUGGUGUCUACCAGCUGACGUCACCGCGCACCCCAAAAUCCAUACAAAAAGCAUGUGUGUGGUUUGUCCAUGCUUCUUCUGGCAAUCUCAUCAACGUCCGCGUCACCAAUUUUACACUCUCUGACACGGCAACCAUCUUCGUAGGAUCCGGCCACGACCCAAGUAAUCUGAGCUCGACAAUCGUAAACAAGACAAAAAGAGGGACCAUUCGCAGAGGCUUUACAGUGCAAUCGGAUAGGGCCUGGAUUUCAUCCACGGUCCCUUUUUCAUCAGUGAAUGUAUUCACCUUUGAAUUGACACAGUUAAAUGAAGUAGUGCAAUGCAACACCACAACCGAAUUUGCUUGUUCGUCUGGAGUUCAGUGCGUAGCUGCCGACCUACAUUGUGAUUCUGUACGCGACUGCGACGAUUAUUCUGACGAGUUGGGAUGCUUUACGUGUGAUGAAGACCAGGUUUCAUGUGGUCACCAGGACAUGUGUGUGGGAAUACAGCAGAUAUGUGACGUUUUCCCCGAUUGCGCCGGCCACGAAGAUGAAUGGGAUUGCUAUUCCACGUGUGGUCAGCGUCUAGUCAAUGUCAAUACCUCCGCCUUUCUCACUGCAAUUUCCAGAAAAGGUCGUGAGUUCAUCUGCGCGUGGCAAAUUACCAGUGACCUCAACACGUACCUCACUGUGGAGGUUCUUAUGAUGGAAAUCGAAUCUCAGAGCUACAUAACCUUAGGUAAUGGGCACAAAGUGUACUCCCAGACCUCACUGAUCGCUAACGAAACAGACAGACAAGUUGCUGGAACCCUAUAUCUCUUGGACGGAAAUGAAAUGUGGAUGGUGGCGUCUACAUUAUACAAAUUGGACAUGGAAGUUAAGCUUUCUGCUGGGGAAGUUAAAGGUUCUUGUGAUGACCAGAGCUAUCAGACUGGUUCCAAGUGCGUGUCAGGCACUUUACGAUGUGACGGUAGAGCAGAUGUGCCCGACUACUCAGAUGAGGUGGAUUGCGGUUUUUGCGGAGAGACUAAUCUGAAUCUUACCACAAGUGACGAAGUGGUAACAGUCGAAGUUGCCUACGGGAAUAAAGCGGGACAGCAAAUUGUAACAGUCUACGUACACCAUAACCAAGAUAUCCCCCUGGUUAUUGCUAACACUACAUCCAACCUCAGCGAGUGCGUGUGGAAGGUUUCCUCGUCAAUUCGGACUCGAAUAGAGAUCAAUGUUGCCCAUUUUCAAGGAACCAAUCUACGCAUCGGUAACGGCCACGAUCCAAGUGCGGGCGUACCCAUUUUGUCCGAAGGGACUUUGUCGUUGCCUAAGACAAGGUUUUCCUCGGGUUCAGCCUUGUGGGUAGCAACUGAUUGGCAGACUUAUGAAUGGGCAUCUUACAAGUUGCAGUUUACACUUCAAAGUUAUACAAGUAUCGAGUGUGAAGACGAUCAGUUCGUAUGUCAUUCAGGAACUAAGUGUCUGGACCAGUCUUCGGUCUGCAACGAGAUUCACGAGUGUUCACUUUAUACAGAUGAACUCAACUGCACAAGCUGUCCGGAAGAUGAAUUCGCUUGCUCAAAAGGAGAAUGCAUACCUGUCGAUAAAGUGUGCAAUCAGAACUCUGACUGUCAGAAGCUGAAUGAUGAAUUCAUGUGCAGCUAUUGUGGAGAGCCAAAUAUUGUAUUGGAGGCUUCAGUUAGUCGCUUUUUCACAACGAAGGACAGAGAUGGCUAUUACGACUGUUUGUGGACUGUGACUGCGCAGCCCUUCACGCGGAUUAUGGUCACGGUGCUUACACGCACGGAUUCCGAUACCACUUUCUGCGACGGCAACUAUGGCGAGUUCGUCAGAGACAGUAGCCAGAGUCAGUGUACGGUACUGGCCGAGUUGUUAAGAUUCUCGAUUUCAGCAUUCCUCAGAUAUAUAACCUCAAGUGGCCCCUCACUGUGGAUAAAAAAUGGCGGUCGUUCAUUCUACGCUGGCUACACUCUUACAUUUACACUGACGCAGUUUGUGGAUAUUGUGUGCCAAAGUGACGAGUAUAAAUGUCCUUCUGGGAGAACUUGUAUCGACCAAUCCGCUGUCUGCGAUGGCUGGCCAGACUGCCCUGAGUACGAGGACGAAAUGGGGUGUGAAGAAUGUUCUGGGGAGUAUUUAACGUGUGCAGGGGAGAAUGCGUGCGUGGCUAGGUCGGAUAUUUGUGAUGGAGCCGCACAUUGCCAGGAUAAAUCGGAUGAGUUCAAUUGCGGUCCUUGCGGUGACAGCCUUAUCAACAUGACGCUAGGCUUCGCCAAUCUGACCUCGCCCGGGUGGCCAGGGAACUACCUACCAUACCUGAAAUGCUACUGGGUUGCGCUGGCUCCUGAGGAACACAGAAUCCUGGUCAUAUUCCUUGAGUUCGAAACCUCGAGUGGAUAUGAUUAUCUCAGGUGGUCGAAUAAAAUCACGUUUUCUCAGGGCUUUACUAUAACCGGGUCGAAUGCCCCUAGCAGAAUAGCGUCGCGUGGCAAGGAAUUAUCUCUGCAUUUCUUUUCCAACUACGUCGAUGAGAGGAAAGGAUUUUCACUCCAAAUCGAACAAAGACCCAAUGAUCAAAUUUCAUGCGGAGAGGGUGAGAUACAGUGCGAUUACCAGGAGUUUGUAUGUGUACCACAAAACACUGAAGCCCUGCGAUGCCCUAAGAAUUACUGCGGUGAGGAAAUCAUCCAAGUGAAUUCGAUACCAGAGGAGUUUUCUUCGAUUAAUUACCCAAGCGCUAGUUACCUACCUAAUCUCUACUGCACGUGGACAAUUAUUGCAGUGCAGAGUCACCGUAUUAUGGUUGAAAUCGUGGACUUCGACACCGAGCCCAAAUAUGAUAUUGUCACAUUCGAAGGCCACACUUUUUAUGCAAUCUCGCCCUCAACGUUUACUAUGCAUGGCAAUACGAAAGUUCGCUCCAUCGUCUUCAACUCCUCGUCGAUUCUUCUUAGUUUCUCUACGGAUCCUAACUUGGAAAAGAGGGGAUUUCUUUUCUCACUUCAAGGCAACUUUUCGUCGAAUGAGUUUGUUUCGUGUAAUAUGCAUAACGAUAGUCUUUUUGACUGUGAAGACGGGUCGUGCGUUAGUCCACAAGCAAGAUGCAACGGAUUUACGGAUUGCCUCCACGGAAACGAUGAAGAGCGUUGCGACAAUAUCCACUGCCCGGAUUUUUACGCGUGCAAUGCCUCCAGCAAGUGUAUCUACUGGGAGGAAGUAUGUGACGGCACCACCGACUGUGAUUUCGGAGACGACGAGACGGAAUGUGAUACCAAGAGGUGCCCCGAUGGUUGUAAGUGCAACUAUGUCAACAAUAAACUCCAAACUCGGUGUAAGCAAGGUUGGACUCGUGAUAGCAUCAGCAACACAGCGAAAGUGACAGAAGCGCUUGAACUUAUAAAUGGUAACAUCAUUGCACUCGAGUCAGGCAGUUUCAAGGGACUUCCACGUCUGCAAGCGCUGUCCCUCGCAAACAACAACAUCAAGACGAUUGAAUAUCGAGCAUUUGAUGGGUUAAACAUCACAUUCCUGGAUUUAUCGGACAACAACAUAACAUCAAUUCAGCGAAACACCUUCGAGGGAAUCAGACUACUGGAAACAUUGAUUAUGGUGAAUGUUCCCAUCAGUUAUAUUUCUGUGGGAGCUUUCUCGGGACUAUCCAAUCUCAACACUAUUGCGAUAAUCACCAAACAUAACGAAGUUAUCGAGGUUGAAGUGGGAGCAGUUGAUGGCUUACAGUCUCUGCAAACUCUUUACGUUGACGACUACCGAUUGUGCUGUGAUUUUGCCGUGUUACCAAAUUUCUUGGUCGAGGGAAACUGCCGUACUACCGAGUUGCAACCACCACUGAACCUAUGCGGAAGUCUUUUGCAGAACAACGUGUUGCGCGUGGCAUUGUGGAUAUUGGGGUUGAGCGCCCUCUUAGGUAAUGUAGUGGUCAUUAUUUGGAGGAUAAAAGGCGCAGGUGGUAGAGGAGGUAAGAAGACGCAUUCAUUUAUGGUGUUGAAUCUGGCAAUUUCGGAUUUCAUGAUGGGUGUGUAUAUGCUAAUGAUAGCAGCUGCUGAUCUUUAUUAUGGCGAGACGUACUUCCGUAAUGCUAGCGUGUGGCGAUCCACUGUGGUGUGUAAGAUAGCAGGAGUGAUAUCGGUCUUGUCCAGUGAGGCGUCAGUGUUUUUCGUGACACUCAUCAGCAUCGAUUGCUUCCUGUGCAUUGUGUUUCCAUUCAGUCGUGGUAUCCACCUCCGAGAAAGAUCGACGAAAAUUGUGGUCGGUUUGCUUUGGUUUGUGGCUGUUUGCUUGAGCGUUGUUCCUACCGUCUCGGUCUCACCAGAUUCCAAUUUUUAUGGGCUCUCUGAUGUCUGUAUAGGACUGCCUUUCACUACCAAAGCGACCGGGUCAGAAAGCAUCGAAGAGGAUUUAGACACCAAUAAUCCCCUAGGAAGCCAGCAACUUACUUUAAAUCUUGGUACUGACAAGAAACCAGCCUGGAUCCUGUCUGUGGUUCUGUUUCUCGGUGUCAAUCUGGUUUGCUUCUUGCUCGUCUUCUGUUGCUACGUCGCCAUUUUUGUCAGUGUCAAAAGGUCGAGUAAGCUGGUGAGAAAGAGCGCCCACCGAAACCGCGAAAUCAAAAUGGCCGUCAAGAUGGCGCUGAUCGUAGGUACGGAUUUCGCUUGCUGGAUGCCGGUGAUCAUCAUGGGGAUUCUCUCUCAGACUAACACGAUUGACAUAGGAGCUGAUAUGUAUGGGUGGAUUGUUGUAUUUAUCCUGCCAAUCAACUCCUCACUUAAUCCGUACCUGUACACGAUUUACACGGCUUGCACACCGCAAACUACUAGCAAUAGUAAUUCGCAGGACAAACCUGAACCAAAACCCCAAAAGACACGCUCAGUUGAAACAUUGGAAGUUCAACUAUCUGAACUCAAGUAAAAAAAAAUGCACAGCUACUAUGAAACAAUUGAAGAAAACAUUUUCAUAAACAAAAAAUAGAAAACUUAAUUCGAAGCAAUUAUCGUUUUCGCACAUGUCCACAUCACAGAGCAGUGGUAUCAAAUUAUUGAAUUUAAUUUUGCAUGAACAAAUUUAAGAAAAACUUGUAGUAACAAAAGAGUAUCUGAAAAGAACGUUGGUUUCUACAAAAGAACAUGCACCAUAUAUUAACGUACUUCGCGAAUAACGAUUUUUUUUGGACUUUUUUUCAUCGUGUUAGACUGAGAAAACUUUGCAAAGUGUUUAUAGAAUUGUAAUGAUUCUUGUAUUUCCUCAUAUUUUAAGCUUUCUCUUUUCAUUUGUAUAUGAAGCAUCUUUAACGACCACUUUUAGCGAUCAGUUUAUGUGUUUUUUCUUAAACAUAAGUCUAUUUAUUAAAGAAUAAACAGGGAGUUACUUAAAGAUUCUCUUGGAGGACAGGAGGAAAACCAACAUUUCAAACACAUCAAGUCAGAUUUUUAGCAAGUGGAAAGUCAAACUGGGCUUUGCGGUCAAAAUUUAGAAAUAUGUGACGGUUGGGAAUAAUGAAGGAUUAUAAGUUUAAAAAAUACAUUGUUUUUGCAAAUACUAAAUUAAACAUUGUUGCACAUUGAUGUACUUUUUUUAAUCUACACCUUUCUCAUGUCUCAACCAUAUUCAUACAGUAGCUUAUUAUAAUGUCAGACAAUCGUCUAUCUGUUGUGACAGUGUUCCAGUGUCGUACGCUAUUUAACCUUAUAGAUCUCUGUCAGUUUCGGUAAAAACAAAUAACAAUUAUAACUGUAAAGUUGUCAAAACAGUUUUGAACGGGUUAAGAGUUCAGUUUAAAAUCAAAGCAUUCAUUUUUGUUUCUUUAUAGAAGCCUGCAUGAGAUGCCUUUUGAGUAAUGUUGAAUAAGUGAAAUAUUAAUUACCGCAUGUUUGAGCUAUUUAGCUGGGUCAAUAACAAUAGCUGUCAUGGACAUUACAAAGCAACCUGGCAAAUAGCUUUGAUAUCACUCGGUUCUUAUACAGCGUCAAUUUAUGAUGAGCGUCAACAUUUGCCAUUGGCGCGAUGCAGCUUGGUAUAGCAGAAACAAAUUAGACGGCGAAAUUCCUCGACCAUCCUAAAGCCCGGUUCAUGUUUUAUGCGAAUGCGAAGUGAAUUUGACGUCAUGAAACAUUCGCUGCGAAAUUCGCCGGAGUUGAAAUACGUCACAGAUUCGCUUUCGCGCCGAGUAUGAACCGGGCUUUAAUAAGCUGCCGCUGUAGUUUUUCUCCUUCUUGCUCUUACUUUUAGGCCUUCAAUUGUUAUUAUUUAUUCGACCAAUAGAAUCACAAACACAGAGAUUGGCCAGGGUCAGCAAAAGUAAACAUAUUGUGUUCCGCGGACCUGCUGCCUCACAUCAAAGUGCUUUAAAAUACUCGAAAUAUGAACAAUGAUUCGAAUUUUUGUGCAGAUUGAAAAUGAAAUGAAGUGUGCCUGCCUAACUUGGAGCGAAAAGAAGACGAGAAAAGAACAGAAAGCAGCAGUCGGGAGGAGGAAAUUCGCACAGUGGCGAGAGAGUUAAAUUCUUCAACGCCAUUUUUAAAAGAUAAAUGUUGUUUUUGAUGACUAGACACUGGGUGGCAGGUACAGGCUUCUCCUUCACGUGCAAUGCUUUUAUCUGGUAUCUGUAAAUUUUAACUAAUGUAUUUUGUAUUCAGUGUACUUCCCUUUCUAUAAGCUUUGCGAGCAUUGUAAUUUCUUCAUCUGGAGAUUAAUAAAGUUCUCUUAUGUCUUAUGUCUUAUGAGAGUA